GGGGGCCGGGGCGGGGCGGGCGCUCGAGGGGCUGCCAAUCACCGCAUCAACUUCAAAUUGGGUCCGAGCGCCCCGCCGCCGAGCCCAGGGCGGCCGCCGCAGUCGGCGCGCGAUCGCGGAGCAGCAGCCACCGGCCCCGCGCGCCCUCCCCGGGGCCCGCGUCCGCGGACAUGUCCUUCCCGCAGCUGGGCUACCCGCAGUACCUGGGCGCCGCGGGGCCCGGCGCCUACGGGGCCGAGCGCCCGGGGGUCCUGGCGGCCGCCGCCGCCGCCGCCGCCGCCUCGUCGGGCCGGCCGGGCGCGGCGGAGCUGGGCGCGGGCGCGGGCGCGGUCACCUCGGUGCUGGGCAUGUACGCGGCGGCCGGGCCGUACGCGGGCCCCAACUACAGCGCCUUCCUGCCCUACGCCGCCGACCUCAGCCUCUUCUCGCAGAUGGGCUCCCAGUAUGAACUUAAGGACAACCCCGGGGUGCACCCUGCCACCUUCGCUGCCCACUCGGCACCCGCCUACUACCCCUAUGGGCAGUUCCAGUACGGGGACCCAGGGAGGCCCAAGAACGCCACGCGGGAGAGCACCAGCACGCUGAAGGCCUGGCUGCAGGAGCACCGCAAGAACCCCUACCCCACCAAGGGCGAGAAGAUCAUGCUGGCCAUCAUCACCAAGAUGACCCUUACGCAGGUCUCCACCUGGUUCGCCAACGCGCGCCGGCGCCUCAAGAAGGAGAACAAGGUGACGUGGGGCGCGCGCAGCAAGGACCAGGAGGACUGCGGCGCGCUCUUCGGGAGCGACACGGAGGGCGAGCCCGAGAAGGCGGAGGACGACGAGGAGAUCGACCUGGAGAGCAUCGACAUCGACAAGAUGGACGAGCACGAUGGCGACCAGAGCAACGAGGACGACGAGGACAAGGCCGAGCCCCCGCGCGCGCCCGCCGUGCCCCCCGCGCUCUCCCGGGACCCCGGCUCGCCGCUGGCGGCCGCCGACGCGCUCAAGCCCCAGGACUCGCCCCUGGGUCUGGCCAAGGAGGGCGCAGAGCCGGGCAGCACGCGCCUGCUGAGCCCGGGCGCCGCCGUGGCCGGCCUGCAGGGCGCCCCGCACAGCAAGCCCAAGAUCUGGUCGCUGGCCGAGACGGCCACGAGCCCCGACGGCGCGCCCAAGACCUCGCCGCCGCCGCCCGCCGCGCCCGCGGGCGCACCCCUGCAGCACCCCGCCUUCCUGCCCAGCCACGGACUGUACACUUGCCACAUCGGCAAGUUCUCCAACUGGACCAACGGCGCCUUCCUGGCGCAGGGCCCGCUGCUCAACGUGCGCUCCUUCCUGGGCGUCGGCGCGCCCCACGCGCCGCCCCUGCCCGUGCCGCCGCCGCCGCCGCCCCUCGCCGUGGCCGCCGGGGUGCUCCACGGGGACAAAGGCUCGGCCCGCAGCAGCCCAGCGCUCCCAGACAGAGACCUUCCCCGGCCCGACUCGCCGGCGCAGCAGUUAGCGUCCUUCCAGCCGCUGCGCGACAACUCCCUGGCCCCGCCCGAGGGCGCGCCACGGAUCCUCGCCGCCCUCCCCUCCGCCUGAUCCGGGGUGGCCUCUUCACUUCUGCGGGGGGAGGGGGGAGGUGCGGGAGGGGGGCGGGAGGAACGAAGACGAAUAUUCGCCACCGCGGAGACGGGACAGUUCGGCCACGACCACCGAGACCGCCCCGGGCCGGGCCGCGCGGCCCCAGCCGAGGCCCGGGCGGCGGCUCCCGCGCGCGCUGGCCACCCUUGGUUCGGUAAUUGCCCCAAGUGCUGUGUUCUUUUUUCCCCUUCUUUCCUUUCUGUAUAUAGAGUGAUUUCAGAUUGUACAUAGCGCAUCAGCGAACUGGUCUAAAUCAUAUAUUUUUGUCUAAUAAACUAAAUGAAAUGG